UGAAAAAGACGCUGAAAGUUACAGCAUCUCCAUAUUCACGUCUCUUCUUUCUUUUCUUUCUAUAUUUUCUCUCUCACAAUACAGCAAAGAAUUUAGAACCAAGAAUCUCCUCAUGGCUGAAGAAGAAGACAAUACAGAAAAAAGAAAAAUCACCUCCUCUUACUACCCUCUCGACCGCAGCUCUUACAAGAUCCUCCACAAGAUCGGCAGCGGAGUCAGUGCCGUCGUAUACAAGGCCGUCUGCUUGCCUCUUAACUCGGCCAUUGUAGCAAUCAAGGCUAUCGAUCUUGAGCGAACAAGGGCCAACCUCGAUGAUGUACGACGCGAGGCGAAGGCUAUGACGCUCCUCUCCCAUCCCAACGUCCUCACUGCCCACUGCUCCUUUACCGUAGACAGCCAUCUCUGGGUAGUCAUGCCUUUCAUGGCCGCUGGUUCCCUUCACUCCAUCAUCUCCUCUUCUUUCCCAGACGGCCUUCCCGAGCCAUCCAUUGCCAUCAUCUUGAAAGAGACCCUUCGCGCACUCUGCUACCUCCACAGCCAAGGCCUUCUCCACCGUGACAUCAAGGCCGGUAAUAUUCUUGUCGAUUCCAAUGGUUCCAUCAAGCUCGCUGACUUUGGUGUCUCUGCAUCCAUCUACGAAGCGUCUUCUUCCUCCUAUUCCAUGUCAUCUCUUUCUUUAUCUUUCUUCAACGACGUUACUGGCACACCCUACUGGAUGGCGCCUGAGGUCAUACACUCACAUGUAGGUUAUGGGUUCAAGGCCGAUAUAUGGUCUUUUGGUAUCACUGCGUUGGAGCUAGCACAUGGCCGUCCACCCCUCUCUCACCUCCCACCCUCUAAAUCGCUGGUGGUGAGGAUCACUAACCGCUUCAAACUCAACUACGAAGAUGAUCACGAUGAAGAAAGUGUCAUCGGCAAGAAGAAGAACAAGAAGGAUAAGAAACCAAGAAAGAAGUUCUCGAAGGCAUUCAAGGAAAUGGUUGCUUCUUGCCUCACGCAAGAUCCAUCAAAGAGGCCAUCUGCCGAGAAGCUGCUCAAGCAUCCUUUCUUCAAGAACUGUAAGUCGUCUGAUUACCUUGUCCGGAAUGUACUGCAAGGAUUGCCUACAGUGGAAGAAAGGGUAAGGGAGUACUUAUUAGUUCCUCCAUCAUCCACAUCUAUACAAGAUGAUGAUGAUGAUGAGGACGACGGUAUGUUGCCGCCUAUCAAAAACAGAAGAAUUAGUGGAUGGAAUUUUAAUGAAGAUGUCUUCCAGUUGGAUCCUGUUUUCCCAACCGAUAGUUGCCAAGAUAAUGUUAAAAAAGUUCAGUUCAUGGAGGAGAAGGAAGGCGGCGAUAAAGGCAGCACUCAUCAAGAUGGUUCUCCUUCCCCUUCUUCAUUUUCUUCAGAAGAAAAUGAUCGAGAUAGCGAGGCUGGUGGGGGCCAUGACAAGGACAAUGCCAAGAAGAGUGAUGGCAAUGACGACAACAACGAUGAUGAAAAGGAUGGUAAGAAGUACCCUGAAGAGACAGAGGGAGAGAAAGAUGAAGAGGAAUCGUGUUCGGUUUUGAAUUCAGCAGCUGCAAUGGUUCCUGAUCUGAUGUCGCUGCUGAGCAGCUUGACUUUGGAGCAGCAGAUGGUGAUGAAUGUGCUGGAGUCUUACCAAAGCAGUGCGGUUGAAGAUAAGGACGUCGUCAAAAAGAGCGAUGACAAGGGUGAAAAAGAGAAUGAGAAGAAGCAUUCUGACGAAGCGGAGGCAGAGAAAGAGGAAGAGGGAUCUUGUUUGGUUCCGAGUUCGGCGAUGGUUCCUGACUUGAUAUCAUUGCUGAGCAGCUUGAGCUUCGAGCAGCAGAUGGUGGUGAAUGUGUUGGAGUCUUGCAGCAGUGGCAGUGAUGGUAGGAGGAGGAUGACAAUGAUGACGAACAGUAAUGAGGAGGUGGGAAGAGAGCAAAAGCUAGUGGAGAUGGUUGGUAGGCUGCAGCAGACAGUAGAUGCUCUCAACCUUGAGCUGGAGCAUGAGAGGAGGAGAAACGCUGCUCUGGAGCAGGAGCUGGAAGUCUUCAAGCAAAGAAUUAUAUCCGACGGCUGUGAGUCCUCCAACACUGGGCAUGAUGAUGAUGAAGAUGGAGUUUCUGCUAUUGGUGGUAACAUUAACUGAUGACAGAUCAUAGUCAGAUUCGGGAGGAUUCUAAUUCCACUUUUUACUUUCAACCUUUCACUCUCGUUUUUUUUUUUUUUUUUUUCAACUUUCUGCA